AUGGAGGACCAACCGAAGGCAGAAGGUGAGGCGGACAAAAAGAUUGUCCAUGUGUAUCCGCUGGUAAAGUUUUCCGAUAUGAAUGACGAUGUCCGAGCCGAGGCGAUAGAAUUGAGCAUUACAGCGUGUGAGAAAUACGCACAAAACUACGAGGUGGCGGCUAAAACGAUUAAAGAGCUCAUGGACAAAAAGUUUGGCACCUUCUGGCAUGUGGUCGUCGGCGAAGGGUUCGGCUACGAGGUGUCGUACGAAACGAAGAACAUACUGUAUCUGUUUUUCGGUGGCAAUUUGGCGAUCGUUCUUUGGAAAUGUUCCUAG